UUGAUUUGUUGUUUUAGAGUCAGCAUCAUCAGAAUCUAUCUUUUUUUGUCUUUGUUGUUUCAGACGGAGGCAAUGAAAGCGGCUCUGCAGGGUCUGAAUUUGAACAUUGUGGAAAUGACUGAUGAGAAUGCAACGCUGGAUGGAGGGGACGUUCUCUUUACUGGUCGAGAAUUCUUUGUGGGCCUUUCCAAACGGACAAAUCAGAGGGGAGCAGAAAUCCUAGCGGAUGCAUUCAAAGAUUAUGCCGUCUCCACUGUGCCUGUGCUUGAGGGACUGCACCUGAAGAGUUUCUGCAGCAUGGGAGGACCUGGCCUCAUCGUCAUUGGCUCCAGUGACCCGGCUCAGAAAGCCCUCAAAAUCAUGCAACAAAUGAGUGACCAUCGGUAUGACAAACUGACCGUGCCUGAUGACCUCGCUGCUAAUUGUAUCUACAUGAACCUACCCAACAAGGGACAUGUGCUUCUGCAUGGUACAGCAGAGGAGUUUCCGGAGAGUGUUAAGGUGUUUGAGAAGUUGAAAGACCACAUGCUCAUCCCUGUGUCCAACCAGGAGAAGGUCAAGGUGGACGGAGCUCUCACAUGCUGCUCUGUGCUCAUCAACAAGAAGUCAAUCUGAACAUAGUCACCAGCGGUCUUUCAAAUCAUGGUAACCAAGUAGAACUUGGAGCCUUCCUGAUCACCUUGGAAUUUUAGAUUGAACAAAGCAAUCCCAGAGGAGCGAUAGACCCAUUUAAUGUUGUUUAAAAGCAAAUGAUAAAGUAAAUAAAGGGAUCCAUCAAUUGUUCGCUUGGUUGCCUAUACAUGGAAAUUUUACACCAACUGAAUCACACGAAAACGUUUGUGAAUAGUUUAGUUUAUAAACACUAUAGUUUAUUACAAGAUUUGGGAAGGUAAAUUAAUUUGAAUUGAUUUGAAAAUGUGUGUAUUCUGUAAAAACUGCAGGACAAAAGAAAAUGUUUAAAUGUUUGAUAUAUUUCCCUUUGUGAUGCCCAAUAGAACAGUAGUCCUCUGUACGAUGCUUCUAUAUUGGUCUGGAAAAUAUCCCAUUCUUCUUCAUUUUUACAAUUUUUGUGGUCAAAAGUGUCUUAUUCUCAUUGAGAAGAUUAACAGAUAAUUCGCUAAACUAAGUCUCAUAUUUACACCUGCACACAGGGCUUCUUACUUUAACCAGUAUUUUACUACUCUAGAAUGUACAAUCUUUACAGAUAACCACACAGAAACAAAACCACUGGACUGACAGAACCAGCUGGAUCUGCAUCAUAAAUAGUUUUGUUGCCAUCCUAAAGUGCCGUCCGACUGCAGAUUUAUACACAACAGAACUAAUAGUUGGUUUAUAACGUUUACAUAAAACAUUUAACUGUGAUUCAAUCCGUUGCUUGCGCUUGCUUAUGUAAAUGAAGAGAAACUAAAUUUUUCAAGAGGUGAAUUUUGGUACAAGAUGAGGAAACUGCUAAAUCUAUGGCUGUGAUAUCUAAAACCAGCCUGCUAACCGGUCAUAUAACAGCUAGAGAAGCAAACAGCGACCUUUUGAAGCUAAAAAAUGUAGCAGUUUUGGCAGUGUUUUUAUAUUUCUUCAUAAUAGCCAUAGUAAAAUUCAUGUGAAGAUUUAAACUUUGUGAAAACAAUUGACAAAGCCUUUAUACAGCCUGUGAUGUAAAUGUAUGGUAAAAACACAAAUUUUCAUUAACUCCGGUAAACCUCAUAUGCUUCUGUAAUUUACAGUGACUCUGUAGAAAAUCAAUGACCCGAGUCCUUUUGAAUGAAUUUGAAAUCACUGCAGCUGCCCCUCACAUUAUUGGUUCUGACUAUUUUAUUGAUUUGAUUGGUUGAUUUAGCUGUUUUUUUGUCUCUCCUUUUUCUGUCUAGACAUUUUUCAACCAAUACUAACUUAAAGCUUGCUAUGAAGCGGAUGCCUGUUCCAAAACGUCUAAUAGGACCAAAUAUGAAUACAGUCAGAGUUUACAACAGCUCCUGUUUUGGUGUGUCUCUGAUGGGAAAUUGAUGGUGUUCCCUCUUGUGUGGCCUUAUUUCUAUUAUUGAGGCCUGUAAACAUGAAAAACAAAAGGAUAAUGUAAAUCUGCGUCAUAAUUCUUACCCCCAGAAAGUCCACCACAUUUAAACUCAUGUUGGUUUGCAGUGUGAUUGUAAGUAAAAGUUGAGGAAAUGACAUCAGGAGGUGACUCAGACUCCCUCCAUAGACACGAGCGUAUGGGCAAGUGGGCAGUGAUGAAAUAUGGAAAGAAUUCAUGUUGGGAGGAGAGGCUCGUACACCAGUAAACACUGAGUCUUUUAAAUUUUCUUUUUCUUUCUUACUCUCAACACUCACUUUCUCCCACCCUCUCCUAUUGCCUCAUGGAUAAUUCUGGCCUUAUUUAUGACCAUGAUAUCAUACAGUCUGGCAAGCACUGUAGAUGUGAUGACCUACCGUUAAAAAGUGUGACAGCAGUAUAUUUUACAGGAGGCGGCUGGCUGAAUGCGGGGUGAUAGCAACAGUAGUUGCAGAGCCAGCUCACAUUCUCAUAGUUUAACUACAGAAGCAGGACCAGUCAUAUGCCUGAAAAAAGGCUCAUCUGUAUAGAAUUGACUUCCUUUAUCUGUUCUCAGUCGACCUUGAUCUUUAUUUAAAAGAUUACUUCUAACAAAAAUGUAAUUUCCUGUUAUAGUUAGUAACUUUUCCUACAGAAUGUGAUAACUUAGUUAUCCUCUUAUUAAUGCCUUCAGUUAUAGUCAUGAUGUUGUAAUUAAUGCAUCUCAGGUCUUUUGUUGUUUUUAAACAAGUUGUUUGAUUCAGAUUUGCCUCUACAUGUAUUUCUUUGUGGGAUUUGUUGAUUUGGUUUCACUCAGAUAAUUUUUGUUGUCUACACCCAUAUAAUUUUCUUCCAAGUUUUGUCUUUCGCCUUUUGACAAUAAAUGUGCUCAUUAAACUUAUCAA